CCCAAUUUUAUUUUGAUUUUAGGUGUUGGGGGUCUCUUAUCCGGUUUUUUACCUCAAAUCUAAGCCCGAAUAUGAGAUUGCAUUGUUUGCUAUCCAGUCCCAGUCUGGUCCCGGUCCGGGUUAUACGGUCCGGUUUUGGGUAAAAAACCAAACAGUCCGGGACCAAAUUGCCAGCCCUACUGCCGAUUGCCAUUCCUACUUGCAAGUUCCGUUGGUUGAAAUUGUGUCAGCAUAGCUUAUUUGGGUCACUCAACCCGUAGAGGUUACUUUGCUCGCCUGAGCUUCGGAGCCCAGCUAUUUGGGCCUGCCUCGCUAUACGAUAGGCCCAAUCUCUUACAAUGGCGAUCUCAUCGAAACUGCGGCGAGCUCGGUUUCCAGCUCGGCAGCAGUGUCACUGAGAAGUGAGAAGCCAGAGGAAGUUUUGCGGCGAGGGCAGGGGUUUAGGGUUUUUGAAGGGCUCACUGGUCGGCAAGGACAGGGGACGAAAGAAGCAAACUUUGGAAGGCCGAGGAGAUGAAGUCGGUGGUAGGAGUCGUCGUUUCUAACAAGAUGCAGAAAUCGGUGGUGGUCGCCGUCGACAGGCUCUUCCACAACAAGGUCUACAAUCGCUACGUCAAGCGUACCUCCAAGUUCAUGGCACACGACGAGAAAGACGCCUGCAACAUUGGAGAUCGGGUGAAAUUGGAUCCUUCGAGGCCAUUGAGCAAGCAUAAGCGUUGGGUUGUUGCGGACAUUCUGAAGAAAGCACGGAUAUACGUUCCUCCUUCUGCGGCUAAUCAGACUGCAUCAACUGCUUCAUCUGAACUUCCAGCUUCUUCAACCUCUUAAGGUGGGAGCACGAUGAAGCUCGUUGAUUGUUUGCAUUCUCACCCUGGCUAUGGAAAUUUCGAGUUUGAAUUGCUGUCUGUUCUUUGAGUUUCGACAUAUACCGCUGCAAUUUUUACUAAGAACUAUUCCCUAACUAGGCAUUAGAUGAAGCGUGAUUAACUCCAAAGGAUGGGGCAUAGUUGGUUGUGGUGUUCCUCAAUGUCAUUUGAUUGCGUUCUGUGCUGAAACAUAUUGCUUCCGUGCUUGUUAACUUGAAAAUCUCAAUGCUUUUAACUGCUUGGACUAGAAACAAGAACGAUGUUAGUACACAUUGCAUUGUAUCUUUCAUUGGCAAUACUGGUCUCAGGAUCUUAGGUGAUAUGAGAUGGAUAAUUCAGUGUACAUUGAGGUGGGUUCUUUGAUUUCCAUAAUAUUUUUGGUGGGAUUCUCUUUCAUACAAGAGAUGGGGCCGUGAAAAGGCAGGCUUUACAUGCACAUAAUGGCUCAUCCUUUUCCUUCCCUUGUUCUCUGUUUUCUGUUGAAACUGUCAAGAUUAUUCAUCAAUCUUUUGUCUUCGUGACUUUGUUUUUACAACGUUAUUUAUGGUUAUCUAUUGAACUAUUAUGCCAUUUUUCUUGGUAACAGGCCAUAUGUAUUGUCCAAGACAUCAAGAAGGCUUCAGAGAAAAGCAUCUAGGUGACACAAUCUCAGAUUUGCUCAUGGUGAAGAUUUUCUUACGGCUGAGGAUUGCUGUCUGUGUUUUGAACUGAUUAGCAUUUAUGAGUCUUGUUGUUUCUUGAACUCGGGGAAAAAAGGGAUUCGGGCUUUAGUUUACAGCCCUUUUUGUGUGAUAUGCUGACUAGAUUUCCAAAUAAAUCUGUUUUUCUUUUUCUAGUCAACUUCCUGGUGGCCAAUCUUAUUGCAUUUCUGUCUGCAAGUGAUCUUCACUCCGCAAAACAGACAAGUUAUUUUCAAUGCUUUCUUAUUAAAGAAGUUAACUUUUC